AUGGGAAACCAUGCUCAAAGAACCCCACGUUUGCCUGAAUACUCCGAUAACAUCAUGUUGGAAUUCAUCACUUUUGAGCAUCGCUUGGUAGUGAGUCCUGAAAAUAAUGUGGCAGUUCUUGCCAACAAGCCUCCAACAGCAGCAGGCAAGCUUUUUCAACCCCAUGCCAAAGAGAAAAGCCCUCAGGGUUUUGAUGCAGACCGAGAUGCCAAAAAGCUGUACAAAGCCUGCAAAGGAAUGGGGACGGAUGAGGCGGCCAUCAUCGAAGUCUUGUCAAUCAGGACAUCGGAGGAGAGGCAGCAGAUAAAGCAGAAGUACAAGGCAAAGUAUGGCAAGGACUUAGAGGAAGUGCUCAAGAGUGAACUGAGUGGAAAUUUCGAGAAGACAGCCUUGGCCCUUCUGGAUCGCCCCAAUGAGUACGCCGCCCGGCAGCUGCAGAAAGCCAUGAAGGGCGUGGGCACCGAUGAAGCUCUGCUCAUAGAGAUUCUGUGCACCAGGAGCAAUAAGGAAAUUGUCGCCAUCAAAGAAGCCUACCAAAAGUUAUUUGGCAAGAGCCUUGAAACUGAUGUCAAAGACGAUACAAGUGGAAAUCUAAGAAAGAUUCUGGUGUCCCUGCUCCAGGCCAGUCGAGAUGAAGAAGAUACCGUGGACAAAGAUCUGGCUGGUCAGGAUGCCAAAGACUUGUAUGAUGCAGGGGAAGGCCGUUGGGGUACGGACGAGCUUGCCUUCAAUGAGGUCCUGGCCAAGAGGAGCUACAAGCAGUUGCGUGCUACCUUUCAAGCAUAUCAGAUCCUCAUUGGCAAAGCCAUGGAAGAAGCCAUCGAAGAAGAGACAUCGGGAGACUUGAAGAAGGCCUAUUUAACUAUAGUGAGAUGUGCCCAGGACCUCGAGGGCUAUUUUGCUGACCUACUGUACAAGGCCAUGAAGGGGAUGGGGACAGACGAGGAGACGCUCAUUCGCAUCAUUGUGACCAGGGCUGAGGUAGACCUUCAGGGGAUAAAAGCCAAGUUCCAGGAGAAGUAUCAGAAGUCUCUCUCGGACAUGGUUCGCUCGGACACCUCUGGGGAUUUCCAGAAGCUGCUGGUGGCUCUUUUGCACUGAGUCAAGCCAGAGCAACAGGAAUUCGGGCAAAGGCCACGUCCUCAGGAUUCUUCAACGCAACACAUCAAAUGCACAAAUGGGGCUUUUACACGAAACCCUUCACCUCCUGCUUUGUGCCCUCGGCGGGCACCGUAAGGUACCCCAAGGCCAAAUAGUUGAAGUCAACGGCAGCCUCCUCCAAAUGCUUGAGCAGUUCACCUUGAAUGCUGGCCUAGCAAGAACCUAAACUGCCUCUCUAUCUUCCUUUAGCGCUGUAAGUGAGUGCUUUCUAAGCACAUAUGAAAUCAGCAGUUGGUGAUAAAAACCCUGAACAUUCAUAAUAAAAUGUUUAGGAAAUUAUAUGCCUCCCAGAUGUAUCGAGCCAAAGCAGAGAUUAAAUGGCUAAAGCGCAGUAAAGACAAGAUUAAACGGUUUGUUCAUCUCCCUUCUGUGUAUUCGGUCAAAGUCUUUCUGUUAAUUACAGUCAUGGUUUGUGCCUCCAUCAGCUGCUUUUCCAAACUGGCUUGAUGAGCUUGAACUCUUGCUAGGAAAACACAGAGUUUGUGAAACUCAAAUGUACUGGGGAAUUGCAAACAGUGACACUGAUUAACAGUCUCCAGGGAUGGCAGUCAAGGCCAGCAUCGAGGAAAGAGAAGACCUGCCUAUGUGCAAUACUAGAAGUAAAACGCACUGACUGUUCCUGGUUCAGUUGGGUUUCCUUGCUUUUCAAGACACAGGGCUCACUUGAGUCUUCCUUCUGAUCUUCAAAUACAGUUACUAAUACAAACACUAAGCUAAGUGCCCACAGGAUCACAGUCAAUGCCCUGCUUCUCAGGUGGAUUGAUUCUGUGAUAAUAGAGUCUCUGUUCCGAGAUACUGGUCUUAUAGCCUCAUGGGGCCAAGCAUAGACUGUCAAGGUAACUUGCACACCUUGGGCAAGCCCUCACAGCUGUCCUCCGCUGGAUGAGAGCUAUGUCUGGCAUUGCUAAGUACCACAAUUUCAUACUUAAUCCAUAACCGUAUGAGGUUAGUGUGACUUCCGUAUAUGACUUGAAGAAACUAAGAUGUUAAAUAACCCAGCUAAAGCCCAUUUGUAAGCAACAGGAUUAGGAUUCAUAUCCCAAACUAGAUGACUGCAGAGAUCGUGCUACUGACCGUGUUUCUCAGAAGAGGAACCUGAAGGAUGUGUAUGAGGAUGAGUCAGUCAUCCUUCACCUGCUUAUCUUCUAUCUUCCAUUCACUGUGGUGGGUUCCACUGAACCAAAGGUAAGAAGAUAUGGGCUGUUUCUUACCUAGUAUAUUUCCAAACCAGUAUUGAAAACAGAUGCCUCCAUAGUGCACGGAAUAUUUUAAGAACACUAAGAAAAGCAGAUAGAUCAAAUGCAGAGAAUAAAUAAGUGUCUGUGGAGCACUCAGACAUAAAUGGGACAUCUGUGUCACACACCCUCCCGCCAAGGCCAAGGCUCAGGGAACAUCCCAGACAAGGAGAUGGAAAGAUUGUAGGAGCCACUGAGGGAAAACAGUGUCUUCUGAGCGUGACAUCAAAAUUGCCCUCCUGAGCUCACAGCAGCUGUGGUUGCCUGCAUAAGGUCUGCACACGAACGAUCAAGGCACUCAACAUUCCAGCAGAGAUGGGGGAGCAGCACAUGAGCCACAUCCCAAACUGAGGACCCAUGGACAGUUUCUUCAUGGGUGUGGUCUCUAGCGGGUUGAAAGGCCAAGGAGCCUUAGUGGACAGAUGUCUGUUUGAAAAGAAGGACAGGCUGGCAAGGCUACAGGAAGGUUGCUGAGUUUUUAUGUUGACUCCAGGAGCAAUGGAUGUUCUCCCAAGGUAGGACUUUAUCUUUUGAACACUGCCAGUCAUAGGCGAUGUCUACAUGUGCAAAGAACAUGAUCAGGUCUGGACCUUUGGGAAUCACCUGAGUAGCAUUAUAGCAAAUAGCCAAACAUUCAGUGUGAGGCUAGAUGUCACGUGGUGGAAUGACCUUUUAGUACUUAGAAAAUGGUGACCCACAAGUCAAGAAGUGAACAUCGAUACCUUCCUAACAGUCAUGUCAAAGCUGAGAUUUUACACAUACAAAGUUAUUUUCCAGGACCAAAUCUAGUAACAUAACAUACUGAAUCUACUUGGCCCCAAACAGAAACAAAGCCGUCAGUUCUUAGGAAUCAGGACAGAGAAACAAAAGAGUGAAUUGAGAAGAGCCCCAGUCAGAAUCGGCACGAUUUGCAUACAGAAGAGAGAGAGAGAGGUGUUCCGUAGAAUCAGUAUGAAUAAGACAGAAAAGCAAGGUCAUUUGCUCGAAGUCAUCCAAGGGCAAAGUUAGGGCUGGAAUUUCACCCCAGUCCUUCUGACCCUAAAGCCUGUGCCUCUCCCCACUGCACCAGCUCAGGGCUCACAAGCGCUUUUGUCUGUAGUUUGGCUGAAUGAAGCAUCCAAACGCCCAUCCCUGUGACUGCGGAAGAGUCACUCCACUUAUGAGCGGGGCGGGUUCCUACGUGUCUGACUAAGUGAAAACUAUCAGCUCUGUCCAAGGAUCGCCACCCACACCCUAGCCUCUGGUACCCUGGCCACCUAAGGAAUUCUCUCUUUCUUUUUCACACUCCUCUUCUACCUAGACCCUGCCUCUUUCUUGCUGUGUUCUCAGUGUUGGAGGAGAGGAACUACCUACCUGGGGCCAUGGAAAGAGAGGAUGUUAAAAAAACAGAAACAGAAAGAGAAGAGAACACUCUGUCUUGGCCUCCACUGCACAGGCCUUUCCCCACCCUGCCAUUCCUCCAGGGUCACCAGAGGAAUGCUACCUCCUGCCACCCCAAUAUUCAAGACCUUGGGGAAUACACCUGAGCCCACUUCCAAGGUUACAAGAGGAUAGCACACUGCUCCAUGCCUGUGUUAGCCCAGAAUGCGUUUUCCCAGGAAGUUCUGCUUCAGGUUCUGAUGACACUCCAUGCUGCCACUUACCCCAGUGAGAUUCUUGGGGCAUUGUGGGCAAGCAAUUUGGGGGUGGGGAUCUGACCCAGGCAAAUCAAGCAGAUGUCCACUCCCUAAAACUAAGGAGACUCAUCAGAAGCUCUGGGGACAUUAGCCCCUACUGUCCAAAUUUCUCUCAAUAGCUUUGCAGGUCCCAGGCAGUCUUUCCAUGCAUGCCUACCUCUCACAUUUCCCCCACUGUGUUUGAGAGGUAGGACUUCUAGAGGCUAAUGUACUAUUGUUUAUUGUCCCCAACUCACAUUCCAUGACAUCACGUCAGCAUCUUGAAAUAAGCUGUGGUAUUUACAGUGUGGGAACUGGUAGAUCCUACAGAUCAGGUCUUACUGCUGGGUACUUACAACUGUCGUCCCACACAUUUCAGACAACGAUACUCGAUGCUCAGGCUCUACAUAUGCAAAUACACAAUACACAUGCAGGCAUAAACAGAUCAAAAUCCACUUGUGUUUCCAUGAAAUGAGUCUAUACAGUGUCUUCAGCUAUCAUCAGUGCCACAUGGUUCUUGCUAGGAGGCGAAGGCUG